CUAUCGCCCAAGAUGAAAGUUAACAAACAUCGGAAGAAACAAGAAAUAUAAUUGUCGGAAAAACGAUUGUAAAGAAAAAGAAAGCAAGAGAUAAAAAGCAAGAAAUAGUAAACAAAGAGCUCAUUGUAGAAUAGAGAACAAUCUUCAGAGACUGUCCUCACGUCUCAUUGUCUUCAUGGGUUAAGAAUAUUCCAAGCGGACACUGUCUAGGCUGUAACUUCUAGGUGAAAGAAUUUAUUCUAUGUGAGUAGAAAAAUGCCACAGAACGAAUAUAUCGAGAAACACCGUAAGCUUCAUGGUCGCCGUUUGGACUAUGAGGAAAGAAAGAGGAAGAGAGAGGCUCGUGUGCCUCACAAACGAGCAAAGCAAGCCCGUAGUUUACAUGGUUUAAAGGCUAAGAUGUUUAAUAAAGAGCGACACAACGAGAAGAUUCAAAUGAAAAAGAAGAUUAAAGCUCAUGAAGAGAAGAAAGUCAAGGUCAAGUCUGACAAGCUACCGGAAGGAGCAUUGCCUGUAUACCUGCUGGAUCGUGAUGUUACUAAACGCGCCAAAGUACUAUCAAAUAUGAUAAAACAGAAACGAAAAGAGAAAGUUGGCAAGUGGGAUGUUCCAAUACCUAAAGUUAGAGCGCAAUCAGAGUCAGAAGUUUUUAAAGUAGUAAGAAGCGGGAAAACGAAACGGAAAUCGUGGAAGCGAAUGGUCACUAAAGUGACCUUUGUUGGAGAAAAUUUUACAAGAAAACCACCGAAAUUUGAAAGAUUUAUCAGACCAAUGGCAUUAAGAUUUAAAACCGCCCAUGUCACUCAUCCUGAGCUUAAGGCAACUUUCUCACUGCCAAUCAUUGGAGUCAAGAAAAAUCCGAGCUCUCCUAUGUACACAAAUUUAGGUGUUAUUACCAAGGGAACUAUUAUCGAAGUAAAUAUUUCAGAAUUGGGUCUUGUAACGCAAUCGGGUAAAGUUGUAUGGGGAAAAUUCGCUCAAGUUACGAAUAAUCCUGAGAAUGAUGGAUGUAUCAAUGCUGUUUUGCUUGUAUAAACUUGUAUUAUAAU